AAUCCAAAAUAAGAGCCUAAAAAAAUCAAUGCUUAAUAAAGAAUAUAAAAGAAGUGUUCGGUUUAUUGUUCACCCUGCCUCCACUAAACGAGAGCCUUAUUCUCCAAGCCACAAUGACAACAAAUCAGCAUCCCUUUCUCCUCACUACAAAACCAUCAAUGGAAUUUCCCACAUUGCUUGCACUCCCUUAUAACAAUCAAUCAACCACCCCUCUCUAAAACACUCAUCUCACAUCACUAAAGCACCAAGUCCAAAUGUUUGAGUUUCAACCCAAUUACUUCUUCUUCACUUCCUUCCCAUACCUUCAAAUCCUCCUAUUCCUACACCAUGUUGAUGCACAAGCAUCCAUGGAGCCAGUACCCACAUACAUCACUGAACAUAACUGGGAGCCUUCUAUUGCAAUCACAGUAGGAGCCAUCCUCUGCGCCCUUCUCUUCAUGGGAAUCAUUGCAAUCUACUUCCGCAAUUGCGCCGAGUCACGAUUCCUCAUGGCUCAAACCAACGCACUAGCUAACAGGUCAUGUUCCUGUUCACAAGGCAUCAACAAGGACCUCCUCAGCACGUUCCCAACCAUAUUCUACUACACCAUCAAGGACCUCAAAACCGGUAAAGGAUCGCUCGAAUGCGCGGUCUGCUUGACGGAUUUCAAAGACGAUGACACGCUCAGGUUGCUGCCCAAAUGCAGCCAUGUUUUCCACCCUCAAUGCAUUGAUUCAUGGCUAGCUUCUCAUGUGACAUGCCCUGUUUGCCGUGCAAAUCUUAACCAAGAUGCUUGCCAAGUUGCCAUAACUGUGCCAACCCAUUUGAGCAAUGAUCAAAUGGGUGCCGAAGCUGCAGAAAACAGAGCUGAAACUCAUGGAGAUGAAGGGCACCAAGUGGAGCCAAAUCCAAACCCAAAACCAGUUCCAGUUGUUCAUAACAUGAAAGCAACUGAGGAGGGUAAUAGUGAUGAUGGGGUUGCGUCAAAACCGAAACUUUUGAGGUCAAAUUCAACGGGUCAUUUGCAAGUUGAGCCAGUGAAGUGUGUAGAGAGAUACACACUGAGGUUACCAGAGGAUGUGAGGAGGUACAUUCUGGUGAACCAUGACAAAAGGUUUCAGCGUUCAGCUAGCUGCUACAACAGCAAUAUCAACAUCAACAACAAUGAAGGGAGCAAUGUUGGGAAGAGUGUCAAUGGCGAAGAGAGGAUGGAGCGGUGGGUGAUUUGCACGCCGCCAUUUGUUGCGUCGCGCCGUGGUUGAGGAAUUUCGUCGAACACCUACUGUGCACUCUGCAUUACCCCUUCUCCCAGCAUCUUUGUCAAGAGGAAAAGCUUCUUUGGGUUGCUUACAUAAAUGGGUCUUUAUGGAAUACUUCAAAGGUUUGAGAUUUUGGUGUGAGAAAAAUGAAGAAGAAGAAGAUUGAGAUGGAAGAAGAAGAAGAGUAAAGUUCUCCAUGAUUGAGCCAACUCGCUGCCUUUUCUGUAUAAGAGACAGAGUUGCUUACGAGUCAACUCGUUUCUGUUUUCUUAUUUCUUUUUUUUCUUUCUUGGAAGUAAACUGUUUGAGAUGAGAUUGUGGCAA